ACCACCCGUCACUUGACCAGUCAAGGGCUUCCUCCUCGACUGCUCUUUUACUUUGAGAUGGCGACAAAAAAUUUCUCAAUAUUAUUUACUAUCCUCUUUGCGCUUUAUUUGUUCCUUAUCUUCCAUAGUGCCAAGGGGAUAUUUGACAAUAAAGACAAUGUCCGGAAAGUCGGACAGACCCUUGAGGAGUCCGUGAUAGAUCUGGUUGACGAAAGUGCUUUGGCAGCAGAUAAAAGAUCGAACUUUAAAAUUCAACAAAGCCUCGGCAAGCUGCCACCGCACAAAAAGCAAUCUAACGGGAACAAUAUCGUAGAGGUAUUUCAAGAUAACGCAGGCACUACGAGAAGUAGCGUUGAAGGUGGAUUUGAAAGUGAACUCAAAGGCACCGAGCGAGAGAGAAAGAUUAGAGCUAUUACAGACUACGGCGUUGAGAAUCACGGGAAUUUACGCAGAGAAAUUUGGACAAAGAGAAGUUUAGGCUCGGUUGCUAAAGGCCUGGGAGCUCCGCUGAAGGGACGGUUCAUGACGGUUAAAAAAGGAAAGAGAAAAGAUUUGAUUCAGGUCUCGGUGGUAAAUGAGAACACGGGUCAGGCGUUGCCUGUUUCUAUGGGAACUAAAAAGAUUGACAGCAAUGAGUGGAUCCCAGUGAACAAUGAAGCUACGCAUGCGCACUCGUCAACCAAUGAUGCGAAGGACGAAAAGCAUAAUGAGAGAGAUUCAAGUGACAAAACGUUACAUACAUCCGGGUAUCUUCCGAUACAACAACCCCUUUUUGCAUCCAAAAAUGCCGCAGACAAAAAGUCAAUUAGCAAAAGCAAAAUUAAAGGGAGCUUGAAGAAUUCCCUGCACAAGACAGAGCCCGAAGAGGAGUACUACCUGGCUCUCUUGCCAGGGAGUCUCAAAUCCUUCAUGGCCACAUCCGAAGAUACAAGCCACAGACAACGAAACAGUGCUUUACAGAAGGCGUGGAGGAAUGUAGUGAAGAGAGUUUUCGAAAGUACGAAAGCGGUACCAAGUCGUGUCCUCAUGCGACUGCGACAUCAAAAAGUGGAUCCAAGUCAAGAAGAGCUCGUGGCAAAGUCUGUGACGAAGCCAGGGACGGCAAGGAUGCCUAGUACAGCCAGACAGAGGAACCAACAGACGCAGAGCAGGGCGACAGCUGGUGGAAUCAAGAUGGACACCCCUAAAGAAAAUACACCGGCCGUGAUGGAACAGCCAUCGAAAACUUUGGCGCGCGAAAAGGUCAACACGCAAAAGGAAAAGCAACAAAACCAUGUCUUUUUGGAAGCCCAGAAUGCUGAUUGGGCUGCAAAACACGAGAAUCUGAGUCCGUUAGGAUCAAAGCAGGAACAAUUCGCCCAAAGUGAUGCAUUCAAAACAGGUCCAGCAGAAUUCAGGUACUCCGGGACGACUGACAAACCGAGCAAGACCCAAAACUCUGAUAACUCAAAUGAUACGAAACCAGCACACGACAAUGGCGGAAAGCCUAGUACCCAGGCGACUAAGAAUCAACACGACAGCCAUCCCGAUAGUCUCACGGCAAUAGAACACCCUGUUGUAAUCAAGCAAGGGCUCAAAAACUCUAAGAACUCAAAUGGUGCAAAACCGGCACGCGCCCAGGCGACUGCGAAUCAACAAGACAGCCAUCCCGAUGGUCUUGCUAUGGAAGUUAACCCCGUGGAGACCAAGCAAGGACUUCAAGCCAACAUUAAGAUCCCAGGAGCUACCAAAAUAGAGCAACAGCCGCCACAAAUUACAGACGAAAGUUACUCAGAUUCAGUCGAUGACUAUCUGCCGGUAGCCCCGAUGAAGGUGAUGCGCUUUGACAUGAGCGAGUGGAGUCCUUGGUCGACGUGUUCCAGCACAUGUGGGAGACAAGCGUUAACUAUACGUACGCGACAGUGCCUAGACACAGACACGGGUAAGGAGAUAGGCCUGUCUGCGCAUGUGCCGUGCACAGGAAGCCUCGUUGAGUGGCGGGCGUGUAAAGGACUGAAGCCGUGCAAAGAUUCCCCGAACUCUGUUUACGUACACCCAAAUCCCCUACCUCUUUGGAAAGGUAAGCCGGUUGCUAUGGAAACUAUGAAGGCACCGGAAGUCAAUCCCUGGAGUGAGUGGUCGAGUUGUUCCGCUCCCUGUGGUUCCGAGCGCCUCAAGGUUAGAGAGAGGAAAUGCGCGGGAAAACGACUGGCGAAUGGAGUCUGUGUUAAGCCAACCAUGCAGUGGGCCUGGUGCGAGCCCAAGCAAUGUACAGGAUCUCAACCGACCGAGACAACAAUGACAGACCCUGGGGCAGCAUAUCUACUCGGGCAGGAAAACAUCCAGCAAUCAGAUGAGUUUAGAUCAAACAACACGAGCGACUUCAAUAUAGAGGCGCCUGAUGGGGACCAGGGGGGCGGACAAUACAGCAAAGAGCAGCAGAAGGCAGGUCAAGACAACACAGUUGACAUGACGCAGCAACAUGAUCGUAUGGGGGAUCCAGACGCAAUUUCUUCACAGCCAACCGAAGACACCGUCAAACCAAUGGCUGACAAAAACAGACCCACACAGACGCCAAAAUAUCGGACUACGAUAAAAGUAAUUUUCCCGGAUAAACAGAGAAAAAAGAUGAAAGCAAACAUUCAGGACAAGACAAGGCAAUCAACCGAAUCCCAAACCAACGAGUACGCCCCGAUAGCAGACGAGAACUCACCGAGAGCAGAAUACCUCCCAAUUGAAUUACCAUCAGUGGGUCACGUGGCAUCAGUAGGAAUGUCACGUGUGUCAGAUGAUGGGAAUCCAUGCAAGGUCUCUGAUUGGUCCAAAUGGUCGGUGUGUUCUCAAAGCUGUGGUGCCCAGGCCACGCAAACGCGCAGUCGGAAGUGUACGUGUGUUCGUGGGAACCAGUGCCCGCAGGGGUUAGUGGAGACAAGAAACUGCAAUUUGGGGGCGUGUCCAGCCGGAAUCGAGAACUCGACAAAUAACGAGGAAUCUGCGGGUCAUUUCGAGGACUCUUCGGGUAAUUCCGAGGGAUCUGCGGGUAUCGAGGUGUACGGUCCAUGGACCGGUUUCACCAAGUGCACUAAAACUUGCGGUGGGGGAUGGAGAAAGCGCACACGUCGCUGUCACACCACUGAGCCUGGCAAGAAGUGUGAUCAAGACCUUUUGAUUGGUAUCCAAGUGUGCAAUACACAACCAUGCCCAAAACAGAGAGUGAUAAGACCGUCCCACCCACCGGGAAUGUUUGGAGACAUGAAUCCGGAGCCAGUGUGCGGGUUUAACCCUUGCGAGGAGUUUGGUUGCUUCAAUAGGAACGACGCAAAGUGUGUAACCGACACGAACUGCAACCCAGUGUUCUUAGACGAGUAUGGCUCACGUAUCAAACAAUGCAAGGGCUGGCGGGGGUUCUACCUAAAGAAGCCCGAGACAAUGUGCGGGAUGGAUCCGUGUCAGGAGUCCGCGUGUCUGGACGACUUCGGGCGGUGCAAGGUGGACCUAGACUGUAGACCAGUGGUCCUGGGCGCGGAGAAUCGCGUGCUCUCAUGCAACGACAUCCAGCAGCAACGCCAGCAGCAGCAGGCCUUGACAGGAGGCGCGGGCGACGGCUUGAGGUCCGCAGAGGAAGGGAUGCAGUACACAGGAGAUGAGAUCAAUGAAGAGGAGCAAGGACAGCAGAUCAAUUUCGCGGGACAUGGUAUCAAAUCCGCGGGACAGGGUAUCAAAACCUCAGAACAGCGUAUCAAUUUCGCGGGACAGGGUAUGAAACUUCCGGGACACGAGAUAAAUUCCGAGGAUCAAGAUGUUAAGUCAGCAGAAAUGGCAGUUGAGCCUGCGGAACAGGGUCAGCAGAUUGAGCUGAUGGGACUGGGCACUACUGGUCACGGGCUUAUCACGCCAUCGGGACUCAAACUCGCUCCUUCUGGAGAUUAUUAUGAGUCCGCACGUUAUACUGGUCAGCUACCGGAAACUGCUGGACAGGAAAUAGGGCAAACAAACCUGGAGCCGAUGACCGCUGGACAAUACGAGCCCGUGAGCUAUACACGGCAAGUUAUGGCAACCUCUGGACAGGGGAAUGCAGGCUCCAAUUUCUUUACGAUAGUGAGAAAAAAGUCUAAAAUAGGCGAUUAGAUUCGGGAUUAUAUUGUAUUUGUAACAAAUUUCUUUAGAGAUAUUUUCUUAAUUAAUAAUAUACAUGGACAAAUUUAUCGAUUCUGAUUGUAUGAGAGCAGUGCAGUUCAAAUGUAAUUCAGUGCAAAAAUUUGUAACACAGGGUAAUUACAGUGCAAUUACAUUAAAUCCACGAAAA